CCGCAAAACAAAACAAAUCGAAGUCUGCUACAAAUUUUAAACUUAAAAAAUAGCAAAAACCAAAAAUAAAGAAUAAACGAUAACAAAUUUUUGCAUAGCUGCCGUUUUUACAACAACAACAACAAAGGAGUAAAGUACAAAACAACAAAUCUUUAAAGUUUUCAAGCAACUUACAAAUUUUUAAGCAAAACGAACAAUUAAAUAAUUAAUUAUAAUAGCACUUUACAAUAAAAACAAGUAUUUAAUCAAUAUUGCAUUAGUACACGCAAAACCAGUGAGUUCAAAAUAAACGAAUACAAAUCUUGGAGUAGCUUCAACUUAUAUAAACCGAUAUAUAACAUUAGACUAUAGAAUUAUACAAAUUCGAGAGAGUGUAUGUUAAUACACUGGCCAACAAAUUGCAAGAGAAAUUUUUAAGAAAAACUACCUCAAACCGAACAAAAGUGUAUUAAAAGUGUACAAAAAAAUCUGGCAAAAAUAAUAAUUAAAUUUACAAAAAAUUGAACAAAAUUAGUACAAAUCGUUGCGCCUUGGCAGUUUUGUUAGAGAACUGCAUAGCCAUGCCAGUGUGCGAGCUUAAAUGGCGUCUUCAAUUUUAGCCCAGAGCAGCUCUGGCGGUCCCGUCGACAGCAGCAACAUUGGACACAUCUCAGCAGCGGGUGCCACAUCAGCAUCGGCAGCAGCAGCAGCCUCGUCUGUGGAGGCCACGGUAUCCAGCCUGCACAACACUCACCUCAACCAGCUGAGCAGCCUCAGUCAGCACUACACCAGUCCGUACCACCACCCACAUCCGCAUCCGCAUCACUACCAGCAGCACUAUCCCCAGCAGCAACACCAUCAGCCGCAGCAGCAGCAACAUUGGGAAUACUAUGCCAGGCAGCAGCAGCAACAACAUCAGCAACAGCAGCAGCAGCAACAGCAACAGCCAGCGGCCACCACCAACGGCAACAGCAACAGCAACACCAACGGUGACACGCCCACGGUAUCAACGCCUUUGGGCAGCAGCGGCAACAGCAGCAAUCAUGCUAGUGCUGCCAACAGCAACAACGGCAACAAUGGCAGUAGCAAUGCCAAUGCCAAUGCCAUUUCCGCCGCCUCCGCCUCAGUAAAUCCCCAGAACACGAACUCCAGCAACUCGAAUUCAAACUCCAAUUCCAAUUCAAACGGCAGCUACACGCGUCCUUGGGAAAUGGAGUCUAAGGAUUCGGGACAGCCACCGCCCCAGCAGCAACAGCAAUCGCAGCAGCAACAGCAACAUCAGCAGCAACAACACCAGCAGCAGUUGCAGCAGCAACAUCAUUUGAAGAGCGGCUUUGAACCCUUCUCGAAGCUGCCCUCGUUCCAGAGCCAGUUCCAUGGCUUCAAUGAGCAGCUUCUGCCGGACGGGACUCCCAUGCCCGUGCCGAUGGCAACAGCAGCUGCAGCUGCGGCAGCAGCAGCCGGAGGAGCAGUAUCAGGGCCAGGCUCAGUGCCAGGAUCGGGAGGAUCGGCCUCGCUGAGCGCCCUGCAAACGGUGGCCAUGUCGCCGGCCAGCAUCUCCGUCAGCUCCCCGGGAAUGAUGAGCGUGGGAUCGCCGCUGACUCAGCUCUCGAGCCUGCAGACGAGCAUCACGCCCCCCUCGGCGGGCAGCUUUCCGGCCCCACCGCCGCCCAAUGCCUUUGCCCACCACCACGCCCUCAAUCCGCACCACCAUCGAUCGGCCGGUGGCGGAUAUGCCACGCCCUACGGCGAACUGCCCAUCUAUCCGGGAUUCGCCCCGCUAAGCGUGAAGAAGGAGCCGGGUGGCACCGAUUUCGAGAUGCUGCUCAAGAAGGAGGACUUUGAUCUCAGCAACAGCAGUGGUGUUGCAGGUGCCGGUGGCAUGCACCACCCCGGCAUGCAGCACCACCAGCCGCAUCCCAUUCCCAUGGGCAUGCACACCCCGACCUCGUUCGACGGUAAUAGCAACACCAGCUACCCGCAGACGGCCAGCGGGAGUAGCAGCCACACGCCGCACACCACCCAGCCCACGCCGACCACCACCACGCCGGUGAAGGCCGAGAAGCUGCUCCAGUCGCCGAUCGCAAGGCUGGAAGCGCGGAAGAAAGAACGCCGGAAACAGAGGCCCAAUUCGCUCGAGUCCAGUGCCGAGAGCGAGGCCAGCGGCAUGGACGUCGACCCGAGUAAUCCUGGCCAGGUGGACGCCGUCUCGAGCACCGCCAACUUCAAGAGUCCCCUCAGCACUCUGGGAAUGGGCGACAGCAAUGAUGCCAAUGCCAGUGGAUGCGACAAGCAGUCGAAGAAGAAGCGCAAGCGAUGCGGCGAGUGCAUUGGAUGCCAGCGGAAGGAUAACUGCGGGGAGUGCGCCCCCUGCCGCAACGACAAGAGCCACCAGAUCUGCAAGCAGCGUCGCUGUGAGAAGCUCACCGAGAAGAAGGAACCCAAAGCAAAAAACAUCGUCUAUGGAGCCGAUGGCCAGCCUGUCCGAACCGAUUCAAAACGCGGGAGAGGCAAAGGAAAGGCCACUCUAGCCGGAAAUGGAUCGGCUAAUGCCCCAGGCAUAGCCGCCGGCAAUGGCACACCAACAACUGGGCAGUCACGCGCCCGCAAAAACUCCACCAAAGCAAACAAACUGAAUGCAGCCGCUGCAUCAGCAACAUCGCCUCGUCUAAGUCCAGCACCGGCAGCAACACUGUUGCCGCAGCAAUCGCCAAAUACCACAGCAACAGUUGCCGCCGCCGGGGGCAACCUGCAACAUCAGCAGCAGCAGCAGCAAUAUCAGCAGCAUCAGCAACUACUGUCGCAGCAGCAGCUCUUGUCGCAGCAACAACAACAACAGCAGCAGCAGUACCAGCAGCCACAGCAGCAUCAGCAGCAUCACUUCCAGCAACAGCAGCAGCAGCAGCCGCUUUUGCAGCAGCAACAACACGCACAGCAGCAGCAGCAGCAACAUCUGCCACAGCAGCAGCAUCAGAUAACCGCACAAAUUCAAACCAUGAAGGAUCAACCGCAACAGCCCAUGGCACCCAUGGCCUUCUAUCCCACAUGGCAGGCAGAUCCCUCGCAGGGCUGGCAGAACCAGUUCAUCCAGCAGAUACCACAGAACACGCCGGCCAUCACAUCGCUCAACUCGCUGGACUUCCAGACCCAGUCGUACGCGUAUCCCUCCAACGGCUACGUCCAGACGGGACUAGGAUUCGAUCCGAACUACGGCCGAUCCCCGUACGGAGCACCGGUCCAGAGCUACGACUUCCAGCGGCAGCAACUGUCCAGCGCCCCCUCGGCCAUCAACCAGGUGGGUCUGCAGAGUGUGGCCGGGUUCGCGCCCAGCUAUGCCGGACAGGUGACGGCGUCUCCAGUGCCGCCUUCGCAGCAGCAGCAACAGGUGCAACAGCAGCAGCAACAACAGCAGCAGCAUCUGGGAGCGGAUCUGAACAAGACGAUGUCGGGAAACGACACGCCUGGAUAUCCGCGGGUGAGCAGCGUGCCGCCGCGCUCACUCAACUGUAACGGGUAUUCAGGCGACUACAGCGGUUCAACAUCAGCCACUAACAACAACAACACCAGUAGCAACAGUAACAGCAGCAGCAACAACAACAGCAGCAGCAACAGCUCCCAACAACAACCCUCGGCCCUCAGCGGAGGCACCACCACCCCAGCCCCCGCCGUGCCAGCCACAGUGGUGGCCCAGCCCGCCUCAUCGCCCAUGCAUCCUCCCAUUCCCCAAUCGCCGACGCGCGUCACCAUGUUGCAGCAGCAGCAACAGCAACAGCAGCAGCAGCAUCAGCCCCGGCUGGUGAGUCAGUCACCGACGGGAAAUGGCCUGCAACCGUAUGUGGCACCGCAGCAACAACACCUUGCCUCGCCACCCAUGCAGGAAUGGAACUGGCAGCAACAACAGCAGCAACCACAGCCGCUGGGAGGGGAUGGAUACGCCCAGGGGGAGAGACUAAACCUCAACACUCGCAUCAAGUCCAUGAUCAUGCGCAAGAGCGAUCCCAAGGAUCCGCCGCCUGAUCUGCAGCAGCAACAGUUGCAGCAACAACAGUCGCCGGUGCAGCAGCAGCAACAGCAGCAGCAGACCGGUCAUUUUUUAUCGUAUAGCCACCAUCUCCGGCCCGAUACGGCGCUGAGCGCCAACGGACCGAGCAGCGCCACGCCCACCCACCCAAUGCAGCAGCAACAGCAGCAGCAACAACAGCAGCAACAGCAAGUGCCGCAGCAGCAGGUGCAACAAGUGCAACAGGUGCAGCAGCAACAACAACAGCAGCAGGCGUCGGCUGCUGCCGAGCCGAUCGGAGGUGGUGGCGUAGAUCACAUCUGGAAGCCACACCACUCGACGCAGAGUUUUAAGAAGCCGCCAGUGAGCGUCGUGGGUGGCGGCUAUCCGGGAUCGGAUGCGCAGCUGCAAUUGCAGCUGCAACAACACCAGCCAGGACAGCACACGACCAUCAGCCACGGCGACCCCACGCCGUUGGUGCCCCAAGCAGCCCCGCCAGUGGUUCAGCCGCAGACUCCAGUGGUACCACCAUCACCCGCAGUGGCUCAGCCCGCUAAGAAGUCGCGGAGUCGCAGCAAGGCCAGUCGCGCGGCGGCAGCAGCAGCAGCGGCUGCAGCCGAGGCAGCGGCCGAGGAUCCGCGUAACUCCACGGAUCCGGGAGGCGGUGGUUUAAAGCCCCCGCUCAGCACCCACUACCCGCCGCAUCCGCCGCCGGUACAUCCCGGCCAGGAGUACCACGGUCAGUACAUCAAGACCGAGCCGGGCCUGCUGGGGCCGCCGCAGCCCAACAAAAUGGAGGGCUACGAGCGAAACUACCAGAACUUCAUCCAGUAUGCGGACUUCUGCCAGAACGACGGACAGGGACAGCCGGUGCAGCAGCACCACGGCCACUCGCAGCAGGACUACGCCGGAUACCAUCACAACUCAGCCUACUAUGGAGCCGGAGCCAGCAGCUUCCAACAGAACUUCCAGCAGAACUUCGUUCCUGGCUACCAGCACUCCACGUAUGGCAGCCGGGCGAAGGUCACGGGGCCGGGCAACCACCAGCCCAGCCACCAGCUCCACGGCCACGGGCAGAGUAUGCUGGAGCUGGACCGGAAGCCGGACACCAACAGCAUCAUACCCCUGCCCACGAACUACGAGAAGGAUAUUCCGGCACAUGCCUAUCCUAUCCCGCCACACCGCUACGCCAUUGGGCACGGCGCACCGCCACCAGUGCCACCUCCGCACCUGGGACACCACGGAAUGCUGGAGCCCAAGCUGGAGGAUAUGGGAAUGCUCGGUCACGGCGGAGGAUACACCUAUUUGGGCGGUGCCGGCGAAAGCAAGGGCCUGAACAACGGAUUCUCCUGCUGCCGACAGGGCGGCACCCGACCACCAACGGCAGAGCACCUCAAGGACGGCACCUGCCUCGGUCUGGGUCUCCAGCCGAAGGAGGAGCUGCUCGACGAGGACGAGCUCAUCGACAGCCACGGAAACGGCCUGAAGCCGGUCGGAGGAGCCGCCGGCAAGGCGAAGGGCAAACAAAAACCGGACGAGAUCCCUGAGAUUGUGGUGAAGCACGAGAAGAUUAAUCCCAUGUUCGACACAACGGAUCGAUUGGAAAAGGGCAACAAGACGGAGAUACCAGAGUGCGAGUGCUUCCAGUCCGACAAGAAUCCCCCGGAACCGGGCACUUACUACACGCAUUUGGGCACUGCUUCAUCCCUAAUGGAACUCCGGCGAGAGUUCGAGGAGCAAUGCAAUUUGACGGGUCGGCAGCUCCGCAUCGAGAAGAUCGUCUACACGGGCAAGGAGGGCAAGACCACGCAGGGUUGUCCUGUGGCCAAGUGGGUGAUCCGGCGAGCGGACAUGGAGGAGAAGAUUCUGGUGGUUGUGAAGAAGCGACCAGGACACAGAUGCAUUGCCGCUUAUAUUGUGGUGUGCAUGGUGGCCUGGGACGGAAUGCCACGUCUGGAGGCGGACAACGCCUAUAAGAAUCUGAUCCCCAAGCUGAACAAGUACGGCCUGCCCACCACCCGAAGAUGUGCUACCAACGAGAACCGCACUUGUGCCUGUCAAGGACUUGAUCCUGAGACUUCUGGCGCUUCUUACAGCUUCGGCUGCUCCUGGUCCAUGUACUACAAUGGCUGCAAGUACGCCCGCUCCAAGACGGUGCGCAAGUUCCGUCUGUCGGUGAAGAGCGAGGAGGCGGCCAUCGAGGACCACAUGAACCUGAUCGCCACGCUGCUGGCGCCGGUAUUCAAGCAGGUGUGCCCGCGAUCCUACGACAACCAGACCAAGUACGAGCAGGAGGCUUCCGACUGCCGCCUGGGCCUGGAGCCGGGCAAGCCCUUCUCGGGCGUUACCGCCUGCCUGGAUUUCUGCGCCCACUCGCACCGGGAUCUGCACAACAUGCAAGACGGAUGCACGGUACACGUGGCCCUUCUCAAGCCCGGCAACCGUGACACCCGCCUGCCGGACGACGAGCAGUUCCACGUCCUGCCGCUCUACACGAUGGAUGGCACGGACGAGUUCGAGAGCGUCGAGGGGCAGAGGGACAAGCACCGCACCGGGGCGGUGCAAAUGCUGGACAAAUUUCCCUGCGAAGUACGCGUUCGUUCCACGCCGCUGAUACCCUGCCGGAGGCACGGCAAGAAGCGGAAGGAUGGCGACGAUUCAGCGCCUCCGGACGGCGACCAGGACGCCGCAGGGGAUGCCAACAGCCAGAGCAGCUCCAGCAAUGGAGCCCAGUCGCAGACGCAAGCGGCGAGUAAUCAAUCGAGUCCACCUGCGAUGGGAGCUGGAGCAGGACCGGGAGCGGGAGUCCAUAGCAUCAAGAAGGAGAACGGCGGAGUUGGAACUGUGGCUGCCAAUGGAAAAUCCAAGGCGAAGGGAAAGUCGAAUCAGUCGAACAACUCGAGUGCUUCCACACCCGGAUCAGCGCCACCGUCCACUCCCUCGCCGCGAUGCCAGACUCCGGUUACGAACAACCCAAGUCCGGCGGGCAGUGCCUUUAGCACGCCCCCGGUCCAUGGCGCAGGCAACCCCCCAGGCAAUCCCGCCCAGAACGGCAAUCCGAACCAGCAGCCCGGCCAGCUGAUGAGCUCCAACUCGAGCCUGAUGAACAUGGCCACCAUGAUAGACACCUUCACGGACGCCCAGCUGCAGUCGAAUCAGAUCUCGAGCACCGUUUUGGACUCGCCGUACUCGUACGACUACCAGACGGGCUCCUACAUAGAUUCCAGGAACUACUACGGCAACUGGCCGACGCCCCACGCCCCCAUGGGCAUGGCGACGCAGGCACAGGUGGGUGGAGCCGGACCAGGAGCCGGCGUGGGAGCAGGAGUCGCGCCCUUGACGCCAACCACGCCAACGGCCCAGACGCAAUUGGGAGGAGUGCCGACAGCCACUGCGCUGCCAGGAGCAGCAGGAGUCGGCGUUGGUGGAGGUGUGGGCGUUGGAGGGACCACCCUACCCGGGGGAGCACCUAACAUGCCGCCCUCUGUUACACCAACGCAGCUAGAGACCAGCAACGGGUACGGAUCUGCCAGCUACCAGAGCCUGGCCUCCGCAGGAGCUCUGGGAGGCACACCAGGAAAUCCGGAACCUCAGCAGCAGCAGCACCAGCAGACGGGGCAGCCACAGCAGCAUCCUACUUUGGCGGGAGCACCCGGAGUAGAUUUGAAGAGCCGGCUGUUGAACGAAGAGAAUCCAGACUCCACCACGCUGGUGAAUCACCAUCACCACCACCACAACCUGGCGGAGAGCAAGCUGACCGCUCUGACGGCCAUGCAGCCGAUGACCGCCAACCUGGCGCCCUCGCUGACCGCCUCGCAUCCGCAUCACCCGCACUCGCACCCGCACCAGCAGGAGGGAUUCGUGAAGCCGAAGCCGCCGCCCAGCGACUACACGGCCCAGUACACGGCCCAGUAUCCAAACAACUAUCAGAUGUACCCGCCUCCGCCGCCGCCACCCCACUCCGCGUACUCGGCCUACGACGCGUACCAGAACAUGAACUACAAUUACGGGUACCACCACCAGGCGUACUCCCCCUACGGCAUGUAUCCACAGCAGACGCCACCUCCCACGCCGCCGCCUCCGUCGCCCAACUGGAACGUCUACGGACACCACCAAACGACGACGAACUCCGGCUAUGGCUCAGGCUCCACAACCCCCGGAGCAGGAGCAGGCACUCUGAUAGCCAGCCAUGGUGCAGUACCGGGAGCCGCGGGUCUGCAGAAGCCGACGAUUCCCGCACCAUCGCCUCUCCACCACCAGCAGCAGCAGCAACAGGAUCCGCCCCAGACCAUCCUGCCCGACCUGAGCAAUGGACAGAGUUCGGUGGAAACAGUGGUCGCACCCACCACACCCGUGGGCGAGACCAACUCCGGAAACGACUCUACUGCCGGAGUAGGAGGCCAAGCAGGAGCAGGUGCCGGAGCAGGCGCCGUGGCAGCAGGAGGUCCUCCGCCAAAUGCCACAACCCCAGUCCCAGCCGGAUCCCCUGGCAGCACCAAUGCCAGCAAGAUCGAACCCAUCGGUGAGGUGGCCGAGAUCAAUGAGAAUAUUGAGGCCUUCCAGGAUCCCCAGAUGGGAGGCGUGGCUAUCGCCCUCAAUCACGGCAGUGUGCUGAUCGAGUGUGCUAAGCACGAGAUGCAUGCCACGACGGCGGUGAGGCGACCUGAUCGCCACCAUCCGACAAGGAUGACCCUGAUCUUCUACCAGCACCGGAACCUCAACCGAUCCCGCCACGGCAUCGACGAGUGGGAGGAGAAGAUGCGGGUGAAGAAGAUCAACACGGACCUGGACAACAAAGCCAAAGAGGAGCGCGAGCGCCUGAUCAAGAAGGCGGCUGGCGAGGAUAUGGACGAGCUGGAUGAGGACGCUCUAAUGGACGAUGCUCCAGUGCCGGUGGUCAAGAAGGAGACCAACGGUCAGGCUUUAAAAAACGGAGCCAGCGGCAGUAAAAAGAAGAAGAACAACAGCACUGCAGAGUCGAAGAAAUCCCAAUCCAGUGAGCAGUCAAAAAACGAGAAGGUUGCCCUCCACGCACCAACACUUACGACCACGUCGUGGACGACCCUGUUCCCCAUGCAUCCGUGCGUGGUUACGGGGACCUAUCCGGAGGGCAAUAGCAGUCCGACCUCGUCCACGAACAACAACAGCAACGCUGGCAAUGGCCAGUCCCUGCCACCUGGCAGUGGUCCUCAGGCUCCCCCUGGACAGCCCGGCGGAGCAGCACCUAUCCCGCAGCAACAGCAUCCGCAUCCGCAGCUGCAGCAGCAGCAUCAGCCGCAGCAGCAGCCGACCUGAAUCUGCUCCGGCUAAGGGGCUAUUACUGGUAAUCGUUGAAUUCCACGUCGAAUUCUUCUUAACUUAAGUCCACACACCCUGAUCAGCCCGGUGGGUAGUUUUCAUUUCGAAAGGAUUUGAGAGAUUUAGGGAUAUAUUUAAUAACACUAAUACUCCUUUAUUAAUUUAUCAAAAAAACUCAUUUAAAUUGAACUAAUUUUUCAAAGAAAAAGAAUUCAUUCAGAAGAUUAUUUUGAAAAUAAAAGUAUUUCCUCAAGUUCGAUCGAGAUUAGAACCCCAAUACCAGGUUGUAUGACUGAAAAAUCACUGAAAGCUAAGAAAGCAAAUCUGGAGAACCUCCAAGCUUGGAGGCUGAAGAAUUAUUUUUGUAAAUGCAUCUGAUUUCGUGUGCCAUACGAGGAGAAAAACAUGUCCCCCAAAAAGGAGUUGAAGAUGAAACCUUAAAAAAGUACAGUUGACGCUGCCAGGCCAGAGUUGUCACCAUUCCACACACACUAACACACAGUCACACCCAGAAACAAACAUCACUCAGAAAACAAAAAACA